AUAGUGCGGGCAUGUUCGUUCAUAGGUCACAUCCCAGCUAGCUAGCUAGCUACAGUCGAGUAGAUCUGAUCUACUGGACGAAAUGACGACAGUAUUCCGCUGCAACUUGCGCCUCACGGACGUGCACGCCACGGCAGAGACGGUGGGUGGGGAGUUCAGGAAGCUAACGGAUCGAUUCGGGAUGGAGUGCGCCGCGGAGCUCCUGUCGCCCGUCGUGCGGGCGCUAGAGUGGCUGGAGGCGUACGUGGAGAGCUACCAGCAGCUGCAGACGACCGUGUCCGAGUUGGAGAUGGAGAACGACACGCUUGAGUACGAGAGAGAGCAAAGGGCUCUGAUGGCAGCUAAGAACGAGAGUCUGGAGGGGACGAUCAGGGAGCUUCAGAAGGAGAACAGGUGCCUGCUAAUGGAGAUGGAUGAUAUGUACUACAAGAACCAGGAACUGUCUACUUUGCUGGAGUCGAAAAUCGACCAUCCCGUUAAACACACAGCCACAGUCAGAGAUGCAGUGGGGGAAGAGAGUUUGUCCUCAGCUCGUUGUGCACCCCCCUCCCCACCUCCCCACUCACCUAACAGAGUGGUCCACCUCUCACAGACCUACAUCUUCCCUCCCUGCACCUCCCACUCUCCCAACUUCACACCCUCCCCUCCUCCCACCCUCCCUGCCUCACUCCUUCGCCCGUCUCCUGCCGACUCCACCCCCACUCCUACACCUGGACCGCCACUUCACAACCACCCUUCCCCGCCGUCACCAGACUCACAAGAGGGACACCCCUUUCUCCACACCCUCCCUGUCUCACCCCUCCCCUCACCGAGUCUUCACCACUACAGCCCAAAGUCCCAUCCACAAACUCCACCAGCUCACAGAGUCAUCCAACUUGUUGGCAGAUCCUCAUCGGUAACUAAAGCAAGGCUCACUAUUAUGAUGGAAGCUCUUCCAUACGCUGCGUAAUAUGCGUGUCUAUAUUAUAGAACAGUAAAGGCUUAACACUUAACCAGCCUCCAUAAGUCCAUAAGAAUUUAUGUGGGGGGUUAUAAUACGAGGCGCUAAUACACUAUUCUGCUUAUUAAGCAGAUCCCCAUGGCGUCCAAAUGGUUAAAAUGUGCAUAGCUUCCACUAGCUUGCAUGGUGAUGCAACACAACGCUGGAAUGGAAAUCCUUGUGCCAAGCUGCACUGCAUUGCAACGGCACCCUGGUGCUGACACACGCAGGGGCUAAGCACAUCAGUAUUGUGAUCCUGCCUCACCCUACUAUAAUAUAGCAAGAGUCUAUUUAUGUACAACAGAAUGCUUUGCAUUUCCAAGUUUGGAUCAGAGAGUGGGGGCUACUGUACCAAGCCCCUACUAAUUGGAGUAAGUCUGGUUCCUAUAUGAGUAACUUGCGGGUUACUAGUGUACACAUAAUCCUUAUUGAGCGUAUCACAUGAUUUACCGGUGAACAAAGCAAGCCUGCCCAUUUGUGUGAAUUUCACAUCCAUUCAACGAUGUCACACCUAACGUAAUAUAUUAUACAUGUAAAACUCUGGACAUUUUGCACUUGCGUUCACUCACAAAAAUAUGUAACGUUGAAUUUAUUGUUCGAGUUGUUAGUGAAUUAUCACUCCACCUGUCGGACAUGGUCAAGGUCAGAGUUCAGACUGGCCAACUCCACCACCACCACGAGGAUGAAGACAUGUUUGAGAGGUCAAGGGUCACCAGACGACUGAGCAGAUUGGAGGCGGAGCUAGAGACAACGACACAGCAACUCGGAGACUUGCAGCGUUCCCGAGAGAGGCUAAUGGACGAGAACAAGCAGUUGAAGAGUCGAGUGGAAAAACUGCAGGCGGAAGUCUCCCUUGGGAGCAUUGUAAUACUGUUAACUAUCAACUGCAAGGCUUUCCCUAGAAUUCAUGUUCCCAAUACAGUAUUGAACCAUAGAGAGCAGCAGCCGACGGAAGAGGCACCCAGAUACUACAAGAAGGACGUGGUUCACGUACUGACCGAAAGAAACAGGCUCAAGGAGCACGUCCACUCCCUCCAAGAGGAGCUGGAGCAACUCAGAGACGCCUUGAAAAAGACGGCGACUGGUACGAGAUCAAGACAGAGAAAGUCCGAAAUAAACGGUGUGACUGACACUCGGCGAGGGACGAGACGAAUGAACAGUGUUCGUAGCAUACUGACCCAGUCCAUUUGCCUCGAUUCUUACCCUAAUUUUCACCCCUUCUGCAAUGACUCUCCACAGAAAACACACUCGUGAGCAUCACGCUAACAAAAUAUCAUGUGUGAAGUUAUGAUUUUAUGCUGCUUUGUAUUAUACUAUGGACAGAUUUUUAAUGGAGUGUUAUAAAUAAUAGAGUGUGUUACUUGGGGAGGGUGCCCGGAGGAGGGAGGGAGUGUCUGACUUUAGGUUCAUUCAGAAUAAGGCCCUGUUCCCUCACACCACUCAGGAAGGCCUUGACCCUCUUGUGGUUCCGAUCGGGCUUGUGCUCCCACAUGAUUCUGUUCAACCCCAUCUCCCUGCACCUCAAGGCCACCACUCUCCCCACGUUGUAGGCCGCGGCCACGUCGGACGUCUUGUAGAGGUGGCGGGCAAUGCACAGCUCGGCCGUGGAGGCUUCCACCACCUU